AUGGUCGAGGAAGAAUUGGGUCCCUCAGCUGGCGAUCGAAUCACGAAAAUUGGACAAGUCGAUGAACGGGGGUCCGUUCGAUAUGUGGAGUUGGUCGAUGGACAAAAAGGAACAUGGAUCGGAGUCGAAUGGGACAAUCCGAGUCGAGGCCGACACAACGGAACAAUCGAAGGAAAAACCUAUUUCCAAACGGAGCAUCCAACUGGUGGCUCCUUCAUUAAGACAAAUGUGAUCGAUUGUGGACGGGAUUUACUUGAUCAGAUAAGAGAACGCUAUGAAAUCAAUGACGACGAAGAAAACGAGAAAAUGGGUGGUGUGACGAUAGAAAAGAUUGGGAUGAAUAAAGUUCAUGAUAAGCAAACAAACAUUUUCUACCUCGGUGUUAUUUGUUUGGCUGGAACGCGCCUUGUGCUCAACUAUUGUAAAGUUACGGAGACAACGAUCUCAGCCGUUUUGUCAAGAUUUCCGAAUGUGACCGAUUUGUACGCGAGUGGAAAUCGUCUAACAACAUUUAAUCCGGGACAAAGUGGAAAAAAGCUGCGACUUGUUGAUCUGGAACUGAACCCGAUCAAAAGCCUCGAGGUCAUCGAUCCAGAGAAUUUCAUGGAGAAUUUGGAAAAC